GCAAGAAUGAGGAUCGAGAGGACCGACGCCCGUCAGAGGACGACGCGGCUGUGACUCCUGGGUCGUCCGGGAGCCCCGGAGCCUGUGCACACCGGGUCUGAGGACGCUCUGCACGCGAGUCAAGACGAGUACCGAGUACCUUAAAGGCCGGUCGUUCAACGUGGCCGAUCCUUGGACAUGGUGAGGGGGCAUGUUGAUGUGCCGGCGGUUGCUGCUGAUCGCAGCCGCGAUCACGGCCUCGAUCGAGGCUGGCUCCGCUAGUUACCAUCCUGGAAUCCCAUCCAGCUACUCUGGAUACCCUGACUUCGCUGCCUACUCUGGUCUGACGACGUCCGAGUCUGCCUCGAGCGCCACCACCACGCCGACGGCCAACUCGGAAAAUGUGCCUACCUGCAGACCUUCCGAGUACCUAUGCGGCACGGGAAACUGCAUCGCCCAGGACAAAUACUGCGACGGCGAAAAUGACUGUGGCGAUAAGUCCGACGAGCCGAGAUAUUGUACCCCGUGCAACAGAACCUUGUACGGUGACGUUGGCCGGACUUACAGAGUGGAAGUCCGCCGGCCGAGGGAGGAUCGACUGCCAUUCCUGUGUCAUCUCAACUUCACUGCCGCCGGGUCUGAUCUCGGAGACCUAGUUCAGUUGAUCUUCGACACUUUCACCGUGGGUCGAUUCCUGUCGUUCACGUCGAAAGGAUGCCCGGACGGGUUCAUGACCAUCCGCGAGCAAGGGCGUCCAGCGACCGGUGGACAAUGGUGCGGAAGCGCGUGGGGAUACACCGUUUAUUAUAGCGAAACACCUUCUGUCAAUUUGACUUUGCAUUUAUUGCGACUGUCCGAGCGGGGCAUCGAUUACAACUUCGACUUCAAGUUGUCGUACAAGUUCCUGAGACGCAGCGAGGCUCAUCUCAGAUACGGGAACAGCAGCAUGUCUACGUGGAGGGGUGAGCUGGUGAACGGCACGUACUGCGACCGCGUGCUCACCAAGUGCGAUACGCGAGCCUGUCGUCUUCAAUCGCCGAAUUACCCGGGCGUUUAUCCUAGAAACAUCACAUGCUACUACCGGGUGGAGCAGAAUCGAGCUCCUCCCGGUCAUCGGGCGUUACUGGCUGUGAGUCAGCGGAACAGCCAUAAAAUACACAUCAAGGACAAGGUGAAAUACGACGGAAGCCAGAGGUUAUUAAGAGUGUGGGAUCAAUGCAACAUGGUGCAGGAUUACUUGACAGUAUACGAUGGAGGGUCAACAUCCGACAAAGUGUUGGUCAGACUCUGCGGAGGGGACGCCGUGCCGGACAUUGUUAGCAGCCAUAAUACGAUGCUUUUGGAAUUUCACACGUCGCCGUACGACAAUCCGUUCCAUCCUGUCCCUCUGUCGUUUUUGCCAGGAUUCGAGCUCGAGGUUCAGGUACUCUUCGUUGACGAGAAGUCACGGAGUUUCGUGAAAGAGAACGACAACUGCGAUUUUUAUAUAUCCAGCGACGAGAGUUCGUCGGGGGUGUUGGAGAAUCCCAAGCACUCGUUACCACCGAACACCACGUGCCGCUACCACUUCCAGGGCAAGCCAAACGAGAUCGUGUGGUUGUCCUUCGUCAAGUACUACGCCGCCAGCGCGGACGCGGCCGCGGGAAUCGACGUUGCGUCCGACUGUAACGCGAAACUUCUCAUUUGGGACGGCGAUCAUACGUUAGAUAAAUUAAUUUCCACGCGUAAGAACAUUACGCUGAUGGGCCAAUUUUGCAAGGAUGACACACCUCGCCUAUGCGAUCACAGCUUGCUGCGAAACGGCAGUCGCAACACGAGACCGUGCAGCCUCGGGGAAAGCUACGUGUCGACCGGUAGGGACCUCACGCUGGAACACAUUUUGCGUCAAGGAAGUGCACUUUACCCGAUAAGCUUUGUACUGCGAUACGAGUUCGUGCACGAGGCGAUAUCCUGCAAUCACGUGUUCGGCUCUGCAUCGACUUCAUCCACGUCUUCCACAUCCUCUUUAUCCUUGUCGUUGUCGUCCUCGCUCUCGUCCUCCGCCAAUUUCGGGAAGUUCGGGUCGCCGAAAAGUGUGUUCUUCUAUGGACGCGGUGGUGCGCAGAACGUUAGCUGUGUUUAUCGUUUCGAGGCUGAACCCGAUCACAGAAUAGAACUGUCCAUAACGAAAGCCUCGUUCGGAGACAAAGGAUGUUCCUCCUACGUCGAUCCGCUGGUCAAUCGGUGGACCUGCGAUCGACGCUUAGUCGAUUCUACGAAGUUUGGCACCUCGGAGCUCGUUGUUGCCGAGUAUCCUUGGCAAGGAGUGAAGCUGGUGCGUGAUUGCUUGUGCUCGAACGUGACCGAAAGGAUUGUCUUGAGGACUCUAACAUCGAACGUGGUAGAGGUCCGAUUCGCGGUGACGCUGAUGAACGUCACUCAGGACUACAGGGAUUUCUUCUUCGAGGGUGAGUACCGUUUCGUCGCCCUGGGAGCGGAAACGAGCGAGCAAGCUUGCUCGACGAAACUCGAGGAACGAAGAUUACGCGGGACCAGCGGCGAGAUCUCCCUCAGGAGUCCUCUGCCGCGGCUUAUUCCUGGCGUGGCAGCCGUGGAAGAGAUUUUGACCAACACGGAGGACCUUACCGCGACCCAGUGCGUGAACGAGCCGUGGCUGAUCGAGCCAGAGGACGCCAGAAUUAAUUUCCUGUAUCUGAGAACCGCAGGGUACAGCAUCACUUUGGACAACGUCGAGGAAUGCACGACGUUGAACCGUAUCGUCGUUUACUCGGCGGCCAACACGAAGGAUCGUAGCGUAAUUUGUCCGGAGGGCGGUGUCGACACGGCCAGAACGGUCGAUUUCUUCUCCGGCGGUUGGAACUAUAGCGCAAUAAACGUCACCGUGGCGAUGACGCAACAUUCCAGGAGCUUCAUCGUCGAAUUCCUUCAGAGGGAGCCCGGGUUCUAUGCUGUUACGUGGAUAGCUAUUUCUAAGCGGUCUCCUAGUCCGAGCGUUGGUCCGAAUGUCUUCACCAUGCUGCCCCAGGAGGAAUGUCCUUACAGGUGUCCAGAGAUUCAGGCGUGUAUAAGUUCCGUUUUAUGGUGCGACGGCAUCCGACAUUGUCCAUCCGGCUUCGACGAGGAGGAGGCCAAUUGCUCGUACCGGUUUGGCGUGACGUUGUUGUACGUAGCAGUGGGCGCCGGUGCGUUGGGUAUAUUCCUGAUCCUACUGCUCGCCACUGGCUGCCUCAAGUAUUGCCUCUAUCGACACAAGGCACGCAAGAAAAAGAAGAACGUCGCGCUAAACGCGAACCAUCUCCACGUGAAUCACACACACCACAACAACGGCCUCACCGGAAGUCGUUUGAGCGGACGCUACAACCUUGCCACGCCACAGGAGAUGUACCUGGAGAACUAUGGGAAGGACAGUAUUUGUUGACAAUACGCCAUCGCCGAUAUCGAGACCACCGUGUGAAUAAUGCAGGAAUUUUAAUUACGCCUACCUCGCUGGCCUCUGGAUCCCUACCCCCCUCACCCCUCACGCCCCCC